AUGAAUCCCUACGGCGUGCCACCUGGCAUGGCACUGCCACCAAUGAUGCCCAAUAUUCCUCCCGGAUACGUUGCUGGUGAUCAACACUCGCACUAUCAACAUUUCAACAUUCCCUUGCCUAGCGAGUACAGCCAAGGCAGCAACUUUCUAACCGAAGAAGAGCUGAAGGAAAAGUCAAAGAAAUGGCAGCAACUUCAAUCGAAACGCUAUUCAGACAGAAAAAAGUUUGGGUUCGUCGAAACCCAAAAGGAAGACAUGCCUCCAGAGCACCUAAGAAAGAUCAUUCGUGACCACGGUGAUAUGACUUCAAAAAAGUACCGACAUGAUAAGCGUGUUUACCUGGGUGCUUUGAAGUACGUUCCUCAUGCCGUCCUGAAGCUGCUGGAAAACAUGCCGAUGCCCUGGGAGCAAAUUCGUGAAGUGAAUGUCCUGUAUCACAUUACCGGCGCCAUCACAUUUGUCAAUGAAAUUCCACUGGUCGUUGAGCCGAUAUUCAUUGCUCAGUGGGGCUCCAUGUGGAUUAUGAUGCGUCGAGAAAAGCGAGAUCGUCGUCACUUUAAACGAAUGCGUUUUCCUCCUUUUGACGACGAAGAGCCACCGCUAGACUACUCGGACAAUAUUAUUGAAGUCGAGCCGCUUGAAGCUAUUCAAAUCGAUCUUGAUCCGGAAGAAGAUGGACAAGUUUACGAGUGGUUUUACGAUCACAAGCCACUAGUGGAUACGAAGCACGUCAACGGCACUUCUUAUCGCAAAUGGAACCUCACCCUUCCACAGAUGGCCACUCUGUACCGACUUGCCAACCAGCUUCUCACUGACUUGGUUGAUGACAAUUACUUUUAUCUCUUUGACUUAAAAUCAUUCUUCACCGCAAAAGCUCUAAAUAUGGCCAUUCCAGGUGGACCUAAAUUUGAGCCGCUUGUCAAAGACAUCAACCCCGCUGAUGAGGACUGGAAUGAAUUUAAUGACAUCAACAAAAUUAUCAUUCGUCAGCCGAUUCGUACUGAAUACCGCAUUGCGUUUCCCUAUCUAUACAACAACUUGCCUCAUUUUGUCUACCUUUCAUGGUACCACACACCGAGCGUCGUCUUUAUCAAAACAGAAGACCCCGAUUUGCCGGCUUUUUAUUUUGAUCCUCUAAUCAACCCGAUCGCCCACAGCAAAGCAGAUCGUUCGUUUGAGCCUUUGCCUGAAGAUAAUGAUGACGACGAAGAAGGCUUCACUUUGCCAGACUACGUUGAACCUUUGCUUGCCUCACGCCCACUGUACACCGAUAACACUGCAAACGGCAUUUCACUUUUGUGGGCACCCAGGCCUUACAAUCUUCGCUCUGGUCGUGCUCGUCGAGCACUUGAUGUUCCACUGGUGGCCAGCUGGUACCGCGAGCAUUGCCCGCCUGGAAUGCCCGUUAAAGUGCGCGUUUCCUAUCAAAAACUACUCAAAUAUUUUGUACUCAACGCUCUUCAUCAUCGUCGACCUAAGCCUCAAAAGAAGCGAUACCUGUUCCGUUCGUUUAAAUCAACAAAGUUUUUCCAGUCGACAACUAUUGACUGGGUAGAAGCAGGACUGCAGGUGUGUCGUCAAGGCUACAAUAUGCUGAACUUGCUGAUUCAUCGAAAGAACUUGAAUUAUUUGCAUUUGGAUUACAACUUCAAUCUUAAGCCAGUCAAAACGUUGACCACUAAAGAGCGAAAGAAGUCUCGUUUCGGAAACGCUUUUCACUUGUGUCGUGAAAUUCUCCGCCUUACCAAACUCAUCGUCGACAGUCACGUUCAGUAUCGUCUCAACAACGUGGACGCUUUUCAGUUGGCCGACGGAAUUCAGUACAUCUUUGCGCACGUUGGUCAGCUCACUGGGAUGUACCGCUACAAGUACAAGCUGAUGCGACAAAUUCGAAUGUGCAAAGACUUGAAGCAUCUCAUCUACUAUCGUUUCAACACCGGCCCAGUUGGCAAGGGACCUGGAUGCGGCUUCUGGGCUCCUGGUUGGCGUGUCUGGCUCUUUUUCAUGCGCGGCAUCACCCCACUGCUCGAACGCUGGCUUGGCAACUUGCUAUCUCGCCAGUUUGAAGGUCGCCAUUCAAAGGGCGUUGCUAAAACGGUGACCAAACAGCGUGUCGAGUCUCACUUUGACCUGGAACUCCGCGCCUCUGUCAUGCACGACAUUAUUGACAUGAUGCCUGAGGGAAUUAAGCAGAACAAAGCGCGAACUAUUCUGCAGCACCUCAGUGAAGCAUGGCGUUGCUGGAAGGCCAACAUCCCCUGGAAAGUGCCCGGCCUUCCUAUUCCUAUUGAAAACAUGAUUUUGCGUUAUGUGAAAAUGAAGGCUGAUUGGUGGACCAACACUGCGCACUACAAUCGUGAGCGAAUUCGACGUGGUGCCACUGUUGACAAAACGGUUUGCAAAAAGAACCUCGGUCGCCUGACUCGAUUGUACCUGAAGGCCGAACAAGAACGCCAGCACAAUUACCUGAAGGAUGGGCCUUAUGUGAGCGCUGAGGAAGCUGUGGCCAUCUACACUACCACCGUGCACUGGCUGGAAAGUCGACGAUUUUCACCCAUUCCCUUUCCUCCGCUUUCUUACAAACAUGACACCAAGCUGCUGAUUCUCGCUUUGGAACGCCUUAAAGAGGCCUAUUCCGUGAAGAGUCGUUUGAACCAGUCUCAGCGUGAGGAACUCGGCCUGAUUGAACAGGCCUACGACAACCCACACGAGGCACUGUCUCGAAUUAAGCGACAUCUUCUAACACAACGUGCUUUUCGAGAAGUGAGCAUUGAAUUUAUGGACCUGUACUCCCACCUGAUUCCCGUCUAUGAUGUCGAGCCGCUGGAGAAAAUUACUGAUGCUUACCUUGAUCAGUACUUGUGGUAUGAAGCGGACAAGCGCCACCUCUUUCCAUCGUGGAUCAAACCAGGCGACUCUGAGCCUCCGCCGCUGCUAGUUUACAAGUGGUGCCAAGGGGUCAACAAUCUGCAGGAUGUCUGGGAUACCAGUGAGCAGGAAUGCAAUGUCAUGCUGGAGACACGAUUUGAGAAGAUGUACGAAAAGAUUGACUUGACACUUCUUAAUCGACUGCUGCGCCUAAUCGUGGACCACAACAUCGCUGACUACAUGACGGCUAAAAACAACGUGGUGAUCAACUACAAGGACAUGAAUCACACCAACUCUUAUGGCAUUAUUCGAGGUUUACAGUUUUCCUCGUUUAUCGUCCAGUACUACGGUCUGGUGCUUGAUCUGCUAGUGCUCGGUCUGCAACGAUCCAGUGAAAUGGCCGGCCCGCCACAGAUGCCCAACGACUUUUUGACGUACCAAGAUGUGGCCACCGAAAUUUCGCACCCGAUUCGCCUGUACUCACGAUACAUUGACCGCUUUCAUGUCUUCUUCCGGUUCACUGCUGAAGAGGCCCGAGACUUAAUCCAGCGAUACCUCACUGAACACCCUGACCCGAAUAAUGAGAACAUCGUUGGGUACAACAACAAAAAGUGCUGGCCCCGCGAUGCUCGUAUGCGCUUGAUGAAGCAUGACGUCAACUUGGGCAGAGCCGUCUUUUGGGACAUCAAAAAUCGCUUGCCUCGCUCUGUGACCACUAUCGAUUGGGACAGCAGCUUCGUUUCCGUUUACAGCAAGGAUAACCCUAACUUGCUUUUCAACAUGUCCGGCUUUGAGUGUCGCAUUCUGCCUAAAUGCCGAAUGGCACUUGAAGAGUUUAUUCACAAGGACGGCGUUUGGAACCUUCAAAAUGAGGUCACUAAGGAGCGAACUGCCCAAUGCUUCUUGCGCGUCGACGAUGAAUCAUUGCAGCGCUUUCACAACCGAGUUCGCCAAAUUCUCAUGGCCUCAGGCUCAACAACGUUUACCAAAAUUGUCAACAAGUGGAACACUGCACUGAUUGGCCUGAUGACUUACUACCGCGAGGCAGUUGUCAACACACAGGAGUUGCUUGACUUGCUUGUCAAGUGCGAAAACAAAAUCCAAACUCGAAUUAAGAUUGGCCUCAACUCAAAGAUGCCCAGUCGAUUUCCGCCUGUCGUCUUUUACACACCCAAAGAGUUGGGCGGCCUUGGAAUGCUGUCAAUGGGCCACGUGCUCAUUCCUCAGUCUGAUUUGCGUUGGUCAAAGCAAACCGAUGUCGGCAUCACUCACUUCCGUUCUGGCAUGUCGCACGACGAGGAUCAGGUCAUCCCCAACUUGUACCGAUACAUUCAACCCUGGGAGACUGAGUUCAUUGACUCACAGCGUGUCUGGGCGGAGUAUGCCUUGAAGCGGCAAGAGGCGCUGGCACAAAACCGACGUCUUACACUGGAGGAUCUCGAAGACAGCUGGGAUCGUGGCAUUCCGCGAAUCAACACGCUCUUCCAGAAGGAUCGCCACACACUGGCCUACGACAAGGGCUGGCGAGUGCGAACGGACUUCAAGCAGUACCAGGUUCUGAAGCAGAAUCCCUUCUGGUGGACUCACCAACGACAUGACGGCAAACUGUGGAACUUGAACAACUACCGAACCGACAUGAUUCAAGCGCUUGGCGGCGUGGAGGGCAUUCUCGAGCACACCCUCUUCAAGGGUACCUAUUUCCCCACUUGGGAGGGUCUCUUUUGGGAGAAGGCCAGUGGCUUUGAGGAGUCGAUGAAGUACAAAAAGCUGACCAAUGCUCAACGCUCUGGUCUGAACCAAAUUCCCAACCGUCGAUUCACACUUUGGUGGUCGCCCACAAUCAACCGCGCCAAUGUCUACGUCGGCUUUCAGGUGCAACUCGACCUAACGGGCAUCUUCAUGCACGGCAAAAUUCCUACGCUGAAAAUUUCACUAAUUCAGAUUUUCCGUGCCCAUCUGUGGCAGAAGAUUCACGAGAGUGUCGUCAUGGAUUUGUGUCAGGUUUUUGACCAGGAGCUGGACGCUCUUGAGAUUGAAACAGUCCAGAAGGAGACUAUUCACCCUCGUAAAUCGUACAAAAUGAACAGCUCUUGUGCCGAUAUUCUGCUCUUUGCCGCCUACAAGUGGAACGUGUCUCGCCCAUCGCUGUUGGCCGACACCAAGGACGUCAUGGACGGCAACACUACUCAAAAGUACUGGAUUGAUGUCCAGCUACGAUGGGGCGACUACGACUCUCACGACGUGGAGCGAUAUGCUCGUGCCAAAUUUCUCGACUACACCACCGACAACAUGAGCAUCUACCCUUCCCCGACCGGCGUUCUCAUUGUCAUUGACCUGGCUUACAACUUGCACUCUGCCUACGGCAACUGGUUCCCCGGCUCCAAACCGCUCAUUCAGCAGGCAAUGGCCAAGAUCAUGAAGGCCAAUCCGGCAUUGUACGUGCUCCGAGAGCGAAUUCGCAAAGGUCUACAGCUGUACUCUUCUGAGCCAACUGAGCCGUACCUGUCUUCCCAGAAUUACGGUGAACUCUUUUCGAACCAGAUCAUCUGGUUUGUGGACGAUACUAACGUGUAUCGUGUAACCAUCCACAAGACAUUUGAAGGCAACUUGACAACAAAGCCCAUUAACGGAGCCAUCUUCAUCUUUAACCCGCGAACCGGACAGCUCUUCCUCAAAAUCAUUCAUACCAGCGUCUGGGCCGGCCAGAAGCGUCUUGGUCAGUUGGCCAAGUGGAAAACCGCCGAAGAAGUUGCCGCUCUCAUUCGCUCGCUUCCAGUUGAGGAGCAACCGAAGCAGAUUAUCGUCACACGAAAGGGAAUGUUGGAUCCUCUCGAGGUUCAUUUGCUCGACUUUCCGAAUAUCGUCAUCAAGGGCAGUGAGCUGCAACUGCCCUUCCAGGCCUGCUUGAAAGUGGAAAAGUUUGGUGAUUUGAUUCUCAAAGCAACCGAGCCUCAGAUGGUCCUUUUCAACUUGUACGAUGACUGGCUAAAGACCAUUUCUUCGUACACUGCUUUCUCUCGUUUGAUUCUCAUUCUGCGCGCCCUGCACGUGAAUAAUGAACGUACGAAGGUCAUUCUCAAGCCAGAUAAGACCACCAUCACUGAGCCACAUCACAUUUGGCCCAGUUUGACUGACGAGGAAUGGAUCAAGGUGGAAGUUCAGCUGAAGGAUCUCAUCCUGGCUGACUAUGGCAAAAAGAACAAUGUCAACGUCGCCUCUCUGACACAGUCAGAAAUUCGUGACAUUAUUCUGGGAAUGGAAAUUUCCGCCCCGUCUGCUCAGCGCCAGCAGAUUGCCGAAAUUGAAAAGCAAACUAAGGAACAGUCCCAACUGACUGCCGUCACAACGCGCACAGUCAACAAACAUGGCGAUGAAAUAAUCACCUCGACGACUAGUAACUACGAGUCGCAGUCAUUUGCCAGUAAAACUGAGUGGCGAAUCCGUGCCAUCUCUGCAACGAAUCUGCACCUGCGAACCAAUCACAUCUACGUGUCAUCGGACGACAUCAAGGAGACUGGCUACACGUACAUUUUGCCGAAGAACAUUCUUAAAAAGUUCAUCAUCAUCUCUGACCUUCGAACACAAAUUGCCGGCUACAUCUACGGCGUUAGUCCUGCUGAUAAUCCGCAAGUGAAGGAGAUUCGGUGCAUUGUGAUGCCGCCGCAGUUGGGCACCCAUCAGGUCGUUCACUUGCCCUCUCAUCUGCCUUCGCAUGAGUAUCUUUCCGAAUUGGAGCCCCUUGGUUGGAUUCACACUCAGCCCAAUGAACUGCCGCAGUUGUCACCGCAAGACGUCACAUGUCAUGCGAAGAUUAUGGCAGACAACACUUCUUGGGAUGCUGAUAAAACGAUCAUCAUCACGUGCUCUUUCACGCCGGGCUCGUGCUCGCUGACCGCCUACAAGCUGACUCCCGGCGGCUUCGAGUGGGGACGCCAGAACACCGAUCGCGGCAACAAUCCCAAAGGAUAUUUGCCUUCUCACUAUGAAAAGGUCCAGAUGCUUUUGUCUGAUCGGUUCCUUGGAUUUUAUAUGGUGCCAGCUCAAGGAUCAUGGAACUACAACUUUACAGGCGUUCGUCACGAUGCCUCAAUGAAGUACGAUCUGCAGUUGGCCAAUCCGAAGGAGUUUUACCAUGAAAUUCACCGAACGGGACACUUUACCAACUUUGCCACCAUUGACGAAUCUGACUAUGUUGGUGCCGACCGCGAAGACGUCUUUUCUUGA